AAAAUGAUAAGAAUCCGUCCGGUUCCACGGGUGCUUUAAGUGCCCCGUCUAGAUAUAAGGACGACUGCGGGACACACAUUCAGUAAGGAAACUAAUAUGAAGUUCACAAUCGCGUUCCUGUGUCUCUUCGGCUGCGUUCUUGCUGAGCGUGCAAGACAAGACACCAAGAUUGCCGGAGGUCACGUUGCAUUUCCAGGAGAAAUCCCGUGGUUGGUGAGCAUCGAAGCCACCAACUUCCAGGAGAGUUGGCCCUUAUGCGGAGGCACCCUCGUCAGCACGGAAUGGGUCCUGACUGCCGCACACUGCCUGGACUCUGAAAAGCCCGAAUGGCUCUGGGUGGUAUCAGGUGAGGCCGAUCGAAAUCUCAACGAAGGCUCUGAACAGUAUCUGUACGUGGAUUAUUUCAUACAGCAUCCCGACUACAUCUAUUGGCUGAAUCCUUACCAAAACGACGUGGCCCUCAUCCUCCUCGACCCAGUCCUCGACUUGUACACAAGCCUGCCUCCCUUGCCAUCGAGUCCUGCGCCUCUGACGGGUCCAUGCUGGGAGGCAGGCUGGGGCGCUACAUCCGAAGGUGCGCCAGGCUCUGACAAGUUAAUGUGGACGGAAGUUGCCCUCCUAUCCUCGACUCAGUGCGAAGCAGCAUACAACGCAGCCCAUGAUCCAAAUGCCUUAUGUGCCGGGGCCAGUGGGGCCGGUGCUUGCGUGGGGGACAACGGCGGCGGACUAGCGUGCGUGGACGGCGAUGGUUAUGUUGUAUUGGGUGGCAUUAUGUCCUGGCGAGAGGGAUGCGCUCUGCCAGGGAAACCAGCCGUGUAUAUGGAUAUCUAUAGGUACAUGGAUUGGAUCAUUGCUACGAUCCAGUCUUCAGAAAAAAUAAAAGAAUGAUUUAUACCUGUCGAAAAUGUUUCUCUAUGAUGGUGCAUCCUCGAGCAGAAAUCAAAAUAUUCAACCCUGUCCUCUCAGUUUCUAGCAUUUUCUCUACUACGAAGUUAUACAUUUGAAGAUCAAGUUUAUCUGGGAAUAUGCUACCCUUUAAAAAAAUACAAUACCCAUUUACAUAUAACGUAGACAAGUGUCGAUAACAUAAUGCAAACUGAAAUAAACAUGCAAGUACUAUAAA